UGUAUAAUUGUGAUACGUUUUGCUACAAGACAGCUAAUAUGAAAAGAAGACCCACGUUAACUAACGACGAGCAGUUAUGGCUGAUGAAUCAAGUCAAGAUGAGUUCAAUGACAGUGGAUGAAGCUGUUAGCUGGACUGAAGCUCGAACAAAUGAGUUAAGAAUUGAAGAAGAAGCAAAUAAUAAUAACAAGGACCCAGCUGGUAGAAAAACAUUCCGACCUGCUCAUCUGCUGAAAACCUUGCUUCCAAAAAAAGGAGGACGAAAAAUCACAACAGGGGAUGCAACAAACUCUUCAGUAGUGCGUAAAAAUGUCGAGCGAUCUUCGGUUUCAUCGGAAGAACAAAUUGAAACAUCGGGAGGACAAGACCUUCGAUCGAAACAAGUAUACAAUUUUUCAAUUUAUAAAUGCUCAAAACAUAAAGUUCCCCAGAAACGGAUAAUGCAAAUUGACUUUGGCGUCAAAGUAAUUUCUCUCAUCCACCAUGGAAAUAUAUUGACGAAUCAUCCGUUCUCGUCUCUUGUGAAUGUGGACGGCCAGGAGGGAAAAAAAGUUUUUAUUUAUUUUGACGACAGCCAAGAGUUGGAACUGAACGCUGAAAACCUCGCAGAUAAAACGAAAUUAAUUCGUCUCCUGAACGUCAUAAGCGAGCAGAACGACUGCGAAGAAAGAGGACAGCCGUUUGACCCGUGUGAAAAACUACAGCUUAGUUUUCGGGUUAUCAAGGAAGGCUAUUUGGAAAAGAAGGGAGCUUAUUCAGCUAUUAAUUGGAACAGACGCCUCGUUGUUAUUCGAUCCGGAGAACUUGCGUAUUACAGAGUGGAAGAGGAAGAACAAACUGCUGCUCUCAACAUCAUUAAUCUCUCUCCUGGGAGCAUCGCGAUUAAUCCGGAAGAUUCAAACACUUUUACUAUAGCAACCACGAAAGAAAGCUACAGAUUCCGGAUUCCUGAAAAUCCUGCAGCGUCUCUUCCUUCCUCCCAAGAGACGAUCCGAGAUGAAUGGAUCAGUGCCAUCCAUGAAGGAUGCAAGAGGAGUUAUUAUGAGACAUCCGAUUCAGGAGAAGAAGGGGAAGAUGGGUUUGAUCUUAUCUUCCAGGAGUUAAAUAAGAUCAAGCAGUCUUUGUCAAGUGAGGGCGAAGGGUCUCAAGAAAAUGUUCAAAGUCUUCAGAAAUUGGAAGAACUCUGUGAAAACUUGAAGGAACUCCGAAAAACCUCCAGAAAACGAAGUUCCUCGAAAGCUAAAACUCCUUUAACUAAUGGUCAUACUGAAGAUCACUUGGUGUCAAAUGGAGGCGACAAUGUUGGGUUGAAUAAAGGUCAAAUAAAGUCGAGUUCAGAUGAGCCAGAUACUCUGUUAGAAGCUUUGUUAAGCCAAAGUGGAGUAAAUGGCCAUAAUGAGAAAAAUGAAAUAAAGGAAGAGAAUCCGUACACACUUAUCAAAGAUCAUCCAGAAGUAAAUAAAAGAGAAAGCAAAAUUUCCCCAAAAUCAGAAGCAGGCACUCCGAAUAGAGGGAGUUCCAUUGGAACACCAAGUGUUUUAUCCCUACCAACCACACCUGCAGCAUCUAGACCUGGAUCAAAACUUUUUACCCCUUCCCCACAACAUGUACCAACAUUGGGAAUCCCACCUCCACCACCCCCUGCAGCGCCACUGCCCCCUGAAGCACCUCCACCCCCAGGUUUACCCCCUCCCCCCGGCAUGUCACCAAAAGAAAGCAAAUGUAAAUACAGCAUGAGACCGUUUCAUUGGAGCGCUGUACCUAAACAGAUGAUUGCAAAGAGCAUGUGGAAGAACAUGGAGGAUUUGCGAUUCUUGGUUGAUCAGGAAGAAUUAAACGAAUUGUUCCAAGUUACAAAUGAUAAGAAACAAAAUGAGACUCCAAUUAAAGCUCCAGCUGAGAAGAUAAAGAAGAGAGCAGCUGAGUCUUUCUUGGAUCGGAAAACUGCUCAGAAUCUUGGCAUCUUCCUCGCUGGAUUUAAACUCAGGGGAGAUGAAAUGAUGAGAAGAGUGAAUAUCAUCUCGGAAGAUGAAGGAGGAAUCUCUACCGAACAUCUUCUUGGAUUGUACAAAUUUUGUCCGGAACCUGAACUGAAAACUUUGUAUGAAAAAGAAAUGGAAAGAAAAGAAGAAUUUUCAAAGGAGGAUCGGUUUAUGAUGGAGCUUUGUCAGAUUCCGAGGUUAAAUGUACGGCUUGAGAUUGCCACAAUAACCAGGGAACUUCCACAAGAGAUAGAAGAUUUACAGCCAGCAGUAGAUCAUGCCUUAGAUUCUCUCAAUGAAGUUAUGAACAGCAAGUAUUUGGAAAGAUUGCUUGCUUACAUAUUAGCAGUAGCCAACCAGAUAAAUUGCUCCAACUCCAAAGGAACAGUAAAAGGAAUUCGACUUUCAAGUUUGCAAAAGACUUGUGUGAUGAGGACAAACGAUCGGAAACAAACUCUCUUGCAAGUUGUCCUCCGGAUCGUAGAGAAAAAUGAACCAGAACUUCUUCAACUUCCAGAAGAAUUAAAAUCAGUUUCAAAAUCACAUGCCUAUUCCACAAAGGGGCUGUUAGCUGAAAUUGACAUAUUGAGGAAGAAUAUUUUUAAAGUUCGUAAAAAUUGCGAUUUGCUACGAAGAAAAAAAAAUCAGCCAACAUCUGAAGAUUUGACAUUUUGUACAGCAGUCGAGACUCGCUUAACUGAAAUUGAGAACAACAUCAAACAACUGAGUGAGAAGUGUUCCGAAAUUAAAAAAUCACUCUCAAAAAUCCUUCUCAAGUUUGGGGAAACCCCAGAAACUGACUCGCAAGAUUUGUUUUCAUGGUUGAGAGAUUUCGUCACAAACUUUACAAAAAGUUUACCGUGAUGACACCAUUUUAUUAUUAAUUUUUUGUUGUAUUAAUGUUUAUAUUUCCUGCUAGUCAUCCUAUUUUCAAAUACCUGUUUUUUUUUAUUUUAAAGUUUUUGUUUCUCUUCCAUUUACAGCAAAAAACACAUUUUACAUGCCGAAUACCAUAUUUUUAAAUAAAGUAAGUGGAGCCAAUACACACUAGUGUUAAUUGUUUACUUAACAAUAUUCCAAAACAAUUUUUACACAAUACCAACAUGGGCUACACAGUGUUAAUUAUCUUCUUCAAUUUUUAUUCCUUUAAGUUCUUUAUGCAUGGUUUGUUGUUGUCUGAUUAGUUUGGUGUCGAAGGAAAAAAAUAAAAUAAAAACACCUGAAAUUA